CUUUUAGUUUUGUAUAAACUAAAAAUAAAAACUCUGAAUUUAUUGUGUUAUUACCAGAAAAUAAUGUUUUAUGUUACAUUCAUUUAAAAAAAAUUGUUUAAACGUUAUAAAACUGUACAUAAUCUGAACAUCAUUGCACUUGGUUUUUUUUGUUUUACAAAAAAUGGAUUCUGAACAUGACGAAUAUUAUGAAAUAACUUCACAGUUAGAUGCAAGGGAAAUACUUAGAUACCUAAAUAAUUUAGGAAUACGUAACAUAAGUGGCGAAGUUUUAAAAUACUUCAUAACUGAUUUAAAAAAGCUUAUAAAAUAUGACCUGCAGCAACGAGAUAGUAAUCUAAGUAGUAAAACUCAGACAACUGAAGUCAUAGGACCAGAGAGGUUACACAGUGCCACCACAUUUUCAUCUAGAACUAGAUCUAAGACGCAAGACACUCCAUUAAUAUGUAGUAAGGAAUGUCAGAGAUCAAGAAAACACACCAAUGUAAGAACAGUUAAUUCUGCGCCUAACUUGUUUACACAAAAAGCUGUUGACAAACCCACAAGGAGGGCUUGCUCUUGUGUCCGAGUUGACAAAAAGCCAGAAAUGGCAAAGGAAACAUUAAAACCAACUUUUAGUAGUAAUUUGAUCAAAGUCCCUAAACAAGUUACCAAGAGAAAAAAUGAUCCUGUAUCUCUAUACCAUUAUUAUACAUCUCUUUGGGCAAAAUACAAACCAAAUGUUCCUGGGGAGAAUGACUGGGCUGAUUUGAGGUGGAAUAUUAGACAGAAGAUGGUAGGAAAUAUAUCUGAACCCACUAACAAGCCUACAGCAUUGCAAGAAAAGCAAGCUGUUAAAAAGAAGAGAAUUCCUUCACAGCCUGAUGUUUUAUGAUUUAUACAAGAGAGAAAAUAUGUUAUUAUGAUUUAAAUAACAUGAAUUCUACAUCCUAGAAUGUAUUAAGUAUUUGAAAAAGUAUACUAUACUUAACACUAUAAGACUUGUGAUUAAGGGAUUUUAUGUGAUAUUUAGAUAUGGUACAAGUAUUACAUAUGAGUAUUUUUACAAGGUUUCUUUAAUAAAACUAAAUUAAAGCAAAA